CGCGUAAAGUAUAAAUUGAAGACAUUUUAUUAGUUCCAUCAUUUUGUCAACACCAAUAGGAUGGAAGACAAUUCUAUCCGGACUCUUAUUAUAGGGACUUUAGGUUUUGUGAUACAUAAUCGACCCCUUGCCCAGUGAAAAACGCCAUGACUCUUUCCCCCACUAUCCUGGGUUCUCCAGAGUUGAUAGAGUUUUGGAACGCAGCCAUAUAUACGAUGCAAGAUGUAGGCUACAGUCAAUAUAACACUACAAAUGCUUCAAAGUGUUUGAUUGUCCAAUUAAACCAAAGAAUUUUACUAAUGCACCAAUCAAAAAAUGCAUCAAAGCAUUUGUAGCAAGCCUUUGACUGUACCCGUAAUUUAAUGACAACGAUAAUUUUUACUUACAAACCGAAAAUUUUGAAUUUUGAUAUACUAGCUAUUUAUCCUCAAGAGAAUAAUACGUAUAAAAGCGAGAAUAUAUUUAUUUAUUCUUUUAAUCGCUCUUCUCGAACUACGGUGUGCAAGUCAUGGUAUGGAUAAAGUAUUCGAUGGUGUUUAAGAAUUCCGUUAAAAAACUUUGAAUAUUCGAAAAAAAAAAUGACAGAGGUACAGAGUGACAACUGCAUAUACAAUUCCAUAAUUAUGUAUUAUGAAGAACGAGCUAAAAAAUACCAAUCAUUUUUACAUCAUCCCAACGUUCGUAUAUAUAUCCUCAAAUUUAAGGAGCAAUUCACUCAUAAUCCUUUUCUACAAGUGGCUAUCUUUAUUGCAAUAGUAUCACUAUUGAUACCUAUCUUCUUGUUUAUUGUAUUUGCUGUUAUUACUGCUGUAUUUGCAUUUGUUGGUUUUGUGAUGGUUCAAGUGAUAGUAUUGAUUAUUGGUGCAAGUAUUUUAAGUUGCGUACUUUUCUGCAUUGCAAAUAUUCUUAUAAUGGUAGGGUUAUUUAUUCUUUUCUUCUACUAUACAUUAUAUUAUACGAAUCAUGCUUUUAAUCGUUUGAUUAAUGCUAAAAUUCAAUAAUCAUAUAAAGCUCUGGACAAAUUAAUAAUUCUAAGAAUAAAAAAGAACGAAUGGAAAUUAAGAAAUAAUUUUUUGUUAUGGAGCACAAGUUUAUUACAAAUGAAUGUAUGUCAUACUUGAAUGUAUGUAAAUCAAAUAUGUACAAAUAUUUAUUUUAAAAAAUUU